AUGAAAAAUCCUUUGCCCGUCAAACAGGCAAUUGCUGCCAUACCCCGGAUACAGGAGUAUCUCGGCUUGUCACGCCCGAUUGAGCGCGUCAAGACUUACGACCUCGCGCCGUCAAACCGCGAGAUUGUUGAGGAGCUUGUGCGUCAAUCCAGCAAGACAGAUGGCACGAGCAUAGUCCAGAUCAAGGAGAUGGUGAUUGGUAUCGGCAACAAGGAGCUUCCCUUUGUGGACAUGGAAUGGCUCCGAAGCAUUGCGGAUGACUUCAAAGGCUCUUUGCACAUUGCGGUUGGCAACGAGCCGGAUCGAAGCGGUGUUCACUCGGAUCGAGUCAUUGAAGUGAUCAAGGCGAUUCGAGCAGAGAUUCCGGAAGCGCAUGUGACCGUUCCCUUCGCAUAUUCGAUUAUGCACAGGAGCCACCCUGUGAAGAAGUCCAAACUGGAGGCCGAGUUCAUCGAAAAGUACAAGGAUGUCCUCCCCAUACUGGACUACUUCACCAUCAACAUUUAUCCCUUUUUGAGCUGUGGUGUUCGCGGCGUGGCGAUGGAGAACCUCACUGGCCCAGACAUGAACUUCUUGAACGACCAGAUCUCUGCCCUGCGCAUUGCCCUGGAUCGCGACUUCCCCCACAACAAAUUGCCUCUUGCCAUUGGUGAAACAGGAUGGCCGACAUGUGGGGCUGCCCGUGCUUUUCCAUAUUCUUUCGCUACUCUCGACUACGCGAACCGCUUUCUUAAGAAUGUCGCGCGUUGGAUGGAGUCUAGCCUUUCCGACGGACGCAUUAUCUCGGGGCAGUUGUUCACUGCUUUCGAUGAAGAGACGAAAGGAACACGACCCAGUGAGAGGUAUUACGGAAUCUUGACAUCGAAAGGCGAAGUCAAGACUGACUUUUCGUGCUCCAGCAAUGCCACGGAGCCAUCACAAGCGUGGUUGGAGGAACUCUAUCCAGAUUGCGAAAGCGAUCUGGACUGGAUGGUCAAAAACUUCGACAACCCGUAUUUGCAGGAGAAAUUUGCAAACAGGGACAUGGAUGGUUCGCUGUGCUCGUUUCAGCAGUACCUGUAUGACCGCUGGGCGACUUGUCCACCGGUUGCGAGAAUUCCCGGCGACUUUGUACCGGUAGAAUCGCAUGUUGUGUACGGGAAGAAGGGCGCUCAGACAAAGUGCUGGAGCCAGCGCCUGGCAGACAAGUACUCAGACCGGGGCGCAGUCAGCAAGCCGAACGUGUCCCACCUGAUCCCCGACCAGGCAUCCGGCCGCGGCGGGAGCAAGAAAGGCAAGGCAUCCUCGUCAGAAGCCAUGCCACUGCCGGAUCGCUUCGCAGCGAAAGAUCAGACGCCUGUUGUGCACAAGGAGCCCAGGACUCUACAGAUCUACUGGAUCAACCUGGACUCUUCGCAAGAUCGCCGCGCCGCCAUGGAGAAGAUGUUUGCCAAGCUUGGCGAGACCAAGCCGGCAACAUUGUCUCUUCAGGUGGUCCGCGUGCCUGCAGUGACCACGCAAGACGUCAAGGCGAUGCAGUCGAACAGCACGAUGGCUGUGGAAGCCACGUUGAUCGACGCAUGCUCGGAAGCAUGCCCCGAGCACCACGCCAGGGGUGAGCUGCUGUACACCGAGCUGGCCUGCAGCCUUUCGCACUUGCGCGCAAUCGAGCUGGCUCUGAGCCAAGGUAACCCUUCACUGGCACUCAUCAUGGAGGAUGAUGUCGAGAUAUACCCAGAGUUCGGCAGAGAUCUGGACAAGCUCCUGGAACAGGCACCGGCUGGCUGGUCAGCUUUGCAGAUGUCCACUGUGAACACGAAGGCCAUCCUGCAAUUGGCCAGUGCGGGAACAGCCUUCCAGCCCCGAGAGCCACAUUUCUACGGCACUGGGUCCUACAUGAUCUCUCAGUCCGGAAUGGCGCAGCUUCGGGAUCGAUAUGCAACGCGGCACUUUCAGCGAAAGCCUUGGCUCCCUGGCGCGGGGUCACUUCAGGCAGAAGGAGUUCUCUUUGGCGCGCUUGAUGCAGGCACUGUAUACACCAGUGCGCACUUCUACUUCAACUUGAUGGAGUUCCCAACCACAGUCCACGUGAUGUCCAGUUCUUCCGAUUGGUACGCCGUGUCCAGUGUUGCUUGGCAGACCAAUUUCAUGCAGCGCCAUCGCGGACGAUUGCUCCCGACCGCCCCAGCUUUCGAGACUCCGGAAAGACUUUUGAAGUCCUCUUUCCUUGCCAUGACCACGUUGGUAUGCCGAAACAACACCGGCUUCGACGGAGAGAGCCGCUCAAUUGCUGCGUCUAUUCGUGCCAUGGCGCCCUACAACUUUACCUGGGCAGUUUACGUCAUCAUUGCACAUGCGUCGGAAGAUGGUAACUGCCCGGGUCUGGAGAGCUUCAUGGAACUGCGGCAACCGAAUGUGCGAAUGUUCUACCGGGUAUCGCCUGGCAGAUUCUCGAAGUGGGUGUAUUACACAGAAGACGUGGAGCAGUUUGCAAAUUAUGACUACCUCAUGGUGUUCGAUGCCGACAUGGGAUUGUCGACCUUCCCGUGGGCAGACUACUUCCGGCGCUACGAGAAUUAUGCUUCAAAGUGGGGGUUUGCACCAGUUACUGGCACCGUCCGGAAUCGAUCUCCUUUCUAUCCACUGAAGGCUGAUUGGUGGACGCGCUGCAAUAGAAGCAGGAUUCGGUUCGUUGAGACGGACUUGGUGGAGCAGUGGUUUGCGAUGCUCAGCGGGAAUUUUGCGACUUGGUAUCUUCGCAGAGUCGUGCAGAGUGGAAUCAUCAUGGAGCAGAGAACGCUGGGAGUGGAUUGGGGUGUCGACUCCACCUGGUGUGGAGCGGCGGCUGAGUGGGCCAACCGAGAGGCCGGCUGCCUGCUCAUCCCCAUCGACAUGUACCAUGGCGACACCCGAAGCCUGCACCAGGACGUCGUCUUCCAUCAAAACGGUGAACAUUUGACAAACCUGUGGUGGGAGAGGUUGCCGGCGUGGAUGCGGGUGUCGCAGGUGUGGCUGGGAUCUUUCUUCCAGGAUCACAUGCUUGGAUGCUCUCCAUGUGGCUUGGAGGAGCGCUAUCACAUGCCCAUCGAUUUGCGUUCGGUUGUCCCGGUGGUGCCCAUGAAGCUCCCUGACAACACUAGCCACCACAAUGUGCAAGCGUUGGACUCCGCGUCCGGAUCUGCCUAUGCUACGAAUGGCAGCAAGACCAACAGCUCCAAUGCUUCGACCACCACAGAAGAGGCUGAGGACAGAUCACUGUCACCAGUGAUGCAGCUCACCAGCACUGUUGCAGCCAUGAUCGCUCUUUUGCAGGCGUUGUUGUGA